GAUUAGAUGCUGUGUAUUUUGCGAUUUAGUAGGUGGGACGGGCUUUGCCUUCAUAUCAUAGGAUCUCAUCGCUUGAGGGGAUUCCAACAGAGAACAACCACGGCCCUGCCAGAGACUCCACUACAGAAUUCCGCUUCAGUAGCUCCCCGACCAUGGAAGACAUCCGCCGGCUCCAGGCCCAGUUUACAGCAGAGAGAGACUGGAACCAGUUCCACCAGCCGAGGAACCUCUUGCUCGCUUUGGUCGGAGAAGUAGGAGAGGUGGCCGAGCUUUUCCAAUGGAAGGGAGAAGUGGCCGAAGGUCUCCCCGGAUGGACCCCGUCCCAGCGGGAAGCCCUGUCUCAUGAACUCAGUGAUGUCCUGAUUUAUCUCCUGGAGCUGGCGGAGAAAUGCCAUGUGGAUCUGCCACAGGCGGCCCUUGCCAAAAUGGAACUGAAUGCCAAGAAAUACCCAGCGGGACGCGUGCAGGGCAGCGCCAAAAAAUAUACAGAGUACAGCACUGAGGAUGGCGAGCAGGGACAUUAACUGCCUGGGAAUAUGCUGGGCAUAUGACGAAGGUGGUUGGGGGUGAGGGAUACCCCUAAGGACUGUGGCACUAGAAGCUCCGCUGUACACUGGCACUUCCACAGCUAUAGUAGUGCAACGACUGUAGGGUGGCUCUUUUUAUUAUGGUGGGUGGGGAUAUAUAGGGAGGGGGAAAUCGCAAUGGCCGCCUCUUAAUCUGUUCUUACUUUAACCUCGUUUUAGAGUUGGACUUUUAUUAUUGACAAGUUUUUAUUUUUGUGACACCCAAUCGGAUCGCUCUCAUUGUGUUUAAAAUGUUUUUUUUUUUUUUUUUUUUUUAUACUUGCAAAUCUUGUUUCUAACCUUGGAUCCCCCAUAUGUUACUGAGCCACAACUCCUAGUGUUAAGCUAUUGAUGUGUACUGGGAGUUUUAGUCCAGUAACCUCUAUGGAGCCAAGGAUAAACAGACCAGCCCUGCCAGAUGGGAGGCAAAUGCUUGCUGUUGCCCGUGCCAGUAAGGAAUGGGUUAAAGUGGCCUGUCGACAGGGUGGAUUUUAUUGCCCUGUCCUGUUUUUGCUUCUGACUUGCCCAACUAAAGAUUUUCCCAUGGACGUCGGAAAUCCUGUUGGUUUAAAUGUAUGUAACGUUUUUGAUGCUUUGCAUCUUCACAUUUCACUUUUAUGUUUUGAGCAUCAAAUGCGUUGGAAAUCCAGCAGUUUUUGUUGAUCUCGGUGACGCGUGGGUGCAGCCGGUAACCUUGACUUCAGUGCUUUAUUAAAUGCAUCUGUUGGAAGCA